GCUUUGAGUAAAGAUGCCGUGAGAAACCAGUUCAGAAAGCUACUCUGUUCACUGUGUACAUCUGCAGUUCUGCUCACCCUGCAGGUUGUCCACUGGGGAAUUGGGAACUGAAUUUAAUAAAAUGCCUUCCUGGCACAUGCUCUAAACUCACUGCAUUGUUGCUGUCUUCUGUGUCUUAGGCCGGCACUUGGUGAGUUCAUUAUACCUUACCCACCUCCGCUUUUUGCCUUCUCCACUGGCCUAAGUGUAAGUGGAUCUUGGUGUCAUAUUUGAAAAGGGAGAUGGGCAUUUCCUCUCGAAGUUAGUGACCCUGUGAUCUACAGAGAGAAACGCGGAGUCAGACGCUGGUCAGACGCUGGUCAGAGCUGGUCGGACGCUGGUCGGACGCUGGUCGUGUCCUGGAAGGUGUACAGUUGGGAGGGAGUUGGGACCAGCACGAAGUCGCCCAAGAACAGCGACUGCUCUGGUUUCCCUUAAAAGGCAAGGGGUUCAGGAGGUGGUGCCAGAGGAGUCGCCCUGAAGGAUGUUACUUCUGGGCAUUGAAGAAGAUGGGUUCGGGUCCUGUUGAGCUGCCCGAGUGCCCGGCCGGCCGAGGAGGCUUUGUUUAGGAGUCUGAAGAGUUGGGAGCAGUGGACCGACUUAGUGUGAACAUAGGUGAGGAGCACUGAUUGGCCCUGGUAUGGAGUGCGCUUGGGUGUUUCCAGGCUCCUGGCAGGAGGGUGCCGGUGGGUGGUAGGUGGAUGGAUUUGAGAAGGUGUAGAAAUAGUUUAUGGAACUUGUCAGUUGGGUGUAUACCAGCCAGAACUUGGGUUAAAAACGGGUGCCUUCAGGAGUGUGAUGCUCUACUGCUGUGGGGAGGGGGAGCAGGCUCUGCAGCGAAGUGAAAGAAGUUUGAUUUAAAAAGUUUGGGAUGCCAAGGGACUAUCGACGUGGAAACAUCACCACCAGACAAUAGGAGGCACACAGCUGAAGCCUGAGCCAGGCUGGAGUCAUCAAUCCAGAGCUGUCUGUGGGGAACGGGAGCUUGGGAAGUGAGCUGGGUGGGGGCCGGAGGUGGCGGAAAGGUAGAAAAUAGAAAGAUGAUAACCUCAAAAUGCAAAUUGUUUUAGGGUUUUCCCCUCUUGAAUUCAACAAACAAGCAAACAAAAAAAUCAAGUGGUGCUUAACAGGAAAAGAUAGUUGUCAUCUAGGGUUGGUAUUGAACUCUAUCUCUGACACACUGAAGGCUAGUGUGUGAACUGGAGGGAAGUUACCAGUCCCAGGGCAUUUGGAUCCUGGUCUACGCCACGCGGCACAGGCAGACACUCGCUUGUCCUGUAUUUGCGCUUCAUGACGGCUGCCAUCUUGUCCUGUUAGGUGCGGAUCCUCCCACCUCGGGGUGUUUUGGCAGUUCUUUGCCUAAUGAAUUUUAAGGCAGAAUUGGUUUCCCAGCUAUAAGGAGGCAGAUUAAAAAAAAAACUUGAAACAAUGCAGCGUUAACUGAUUUUCAUUUCAGCAGAGUUUGCUUCUUUUCAGCUCAAGGUUGGCCAAAUUGGUUGACACCCCCUCUGCACCCCAGAGUGUUGUACACUGAAUGCUAGGAGUCUCUGGAGGGUGGAGAAGAGCUUCAGGUGGUUUCACACCCUGUUUACAAUCUGAAGAGCAGUUUUUUAAAACUUUGCUUCUGAACCCAUGGUAUGUGGUUCUUUUUGAGUCUGCAGUUUGAAAUUAUUUUCCAAAAAAUAGUGAACAUGGCACUUAUAUUGCCCUCCUCGCUUCUCCCAUGCAAGCAGUAGGAAGUUGGGACAGUUUCAUAACAUGGCCCAUUCACAAUUCCCCAUUGAAAUUUAGAGGCAGGUCACCUUCUAUGAAUACACAAAGACACUAUUGUGGUCAGAAGUGAGCUGGCUUAGUGAACACAAUUCUUUUUAUACUAAGAAAAUUUUUUUCUUAAGAAAGCUAACAAGUAGGUGAUGGAAACAAUGAAUAAAAAAUAACUUUUUCUAGAACAUAUAAAUAAUUCCAAAUGACCAUUGAAAUGUAAGUUUAGCAUUCCAAAGCCAUUUCGGCAGAGGCGAUAGUUACACAAUCAUUCUGUUGAGAGCUCCGGAUCAGAUGGCAUAGGAGGCUGACGCUUGGUAAUUGCUAGUAGUGCUCGCUGGCUUGCACACAGGUGGGGGUUGGGCCUCCAGACUCCCCCACAGCAUUUUGCCGUAAUCUGGAUGCACGGUCUUCACACGUGUGCUUUCACGCUACUUUAAUUCCUAUGCUUCUUCCUGUCUUGCCUUUCAUUUUUACGUUACCGCAGACGUUCCCCAUCGUCUUGCCAGUGCUUGUAGGGUGCUCGGGAGGAGCACAGUGACCCACUGGGCUCAGCGCACCAAGGGGGGAGUUAGCAGUUUGGUUUUUUUUUAAACUGGUUUUAAAAUUUUGUCUAGCUUUACUUGAUGGUAAGUAAUACAUUUUAGUCAUCUAAAACUCUCAAAAAGACCUCCCAACAAUGUACAUUUCUUAAAUGACUUUUUUUAAUCCUGUAUCUUUGAGAGACUGGUAUAAAAAUGUUUGAAACAUUGUUUUCACGCUGUUGUAAAGUCUCUGCCCUCGCAGGGGUGAGUGGUGAGAGUCGGUACCGGGCCCGACUCCUUACUCGUCACUGGAGUCGUAGCCUGCAGAACAGUACUGAUUUUGCGUUCCUCUGCAAUGUGAAAAAUGAUCAGCACACGCAGAGUGUUUCCUUAGGGCCCUGUGCCUUACGCCUUCGUGUACAUUUAGUUGACAUUGAUGAGCAGACGGUAUGAGGCAGCCACUCAGCAGCGUUCACUUAGCGCCUGCUGAUGAUCCGGGUGGUGGUGAGUGCGGUCACUGGGCUACAGCCUUUGUCCUGUGGUCAUAAUCAACAGGCAGCAGAUUUGUAAAUAAUAGUGUGGAAGUUGCUGAGCAAUUACAGAUAAAAUCCGCUGUCCCCCCACCCAGCGCACUGUCAGAGUCAUCUUCAUGACACCCUCGGUUGUGAGCGGUGCCUGGCGCCUGGUGGCUGUGCAGAUGUGUGGUGAAAGAUAGGAAAGUCUUGUAGAGUGGAAGGUCACGGCUGAACACACAGUUCAUUGAACCUGAGGGAGGAGCCUGAGUUUACUGUAAGUAAACGUGUCUCUGAAGGCAGCAGGCUGGAUGAUAAUUGACACUUGUAGAAGAAAUAAUAGAAAGGUGGCAUUAAAAAGAAGCCAUGGAGCCUGCAGACUGCGAAUGUCUGACAUGGGAGGGACUUCUGAAGCUGAGGAGCUGCCGAGCUGUGCUUACCUUGUGCCCCAUGCCUCGCAGCCACUCCACAGAGGAGAAUGUCAAGAAUGCACCUGAGAGUUUGUCUUAGGAGAGAGCAAGCCGGCUGUCCCACGCUGGCACCGAGGCUAGUAACCCUGUAGGACCCAUUGUUACCGGAUAAUGGAAAUUAGUAUCUUCAUACAUGUAACUGUUUCUUACACAAGUAAUAGCUGGAGAGUAUCUAACUGUGGCCAAGCCUGAACGAACUACAGAAUGCACAUAAGUGCUAGGUUAUGGGAUCGUCCGGCCCAGCACUGGAAUCUGUGGGUUUUAGUCAACAAGAGUUCUACAGUGUGGAAUGCAAGAUCACUUGUGCUUCACUCACAAGGACAACCACGCCUGCAAAGUUGGCUUACUGGGUUAGAGGGAGGCUGUGGGCCUCAGCACCCGGGUGCGCUGGCUUGGCCACUGUUGGGCCCCACAGCGAGUCAGCCUCUGCUGGCAGUAGACUCUGGUUUUGCUGGACCGUGGUAAGUCUGAAUUAGUGAAGGCAGAAUACAGUCACAGUCCACAGCUCAAGUUUGUCUAUCCCUCACCCUCCCCUUGCCAAUUCUCUGUUAGCUGUUUAUGCAGUAAUUUAUUUAGACUGUACUAACAGGCAUUGCUGACUUAUUUUCUUUUAUUCUUUCUUCUCUGCUGUGUCCCCACCCCAGGGUAUGGAAGCUACUGGCUGACUUGAAAAUCCCUGGCGUCACACGCUGGAGACGUCCGAGUGAGCACGAUGUCAACUGCAGGAGUUGCUGCCCAGGAGCUUCGCGUCCCGUUGAAAACUGGGUUUCUGCGAAAUGGCCAAGCCAUGGGGAGCAUGAAGACCUGCUGGGGCAGUCGGAGGGAGUUUGAGAAUAACUUUUUAAAUAUCGACCCAAUAACUAUGGCCUACAGACUGAACUCGCCUGCUCAGGGGCACCUGACAGCUCUCGGGCACACUUCGAAAUCUGCUCCAGUGAAUGGCCAUCACUACUUUGCAGAAAACGGUCCCUCUCCAAGACCCAGCCUGCCCCCUCUCAUUAUUCCCCCAAAUGAAGGCGUGGGACAGCGUGAAGAGGAUCAAGUUGUGUGUGGAUUUAAGAAACUCUCGGUGAAUGGUGUUUGUGCUUCCACGCCUCCACUUACACCCAUAAAAAACUCCCCUUCUCUCUUCCCCUGUGCAAGUCUUGGGGAACGGGGUUCGAGGCCCCUCCCACCGCUGCCGAUCUCCGAAGACCUCUCUGUCGAUGAGACAGACUGUGAGGUUGAAUUUCUCACUAGCUCGGACACAGACUUCCUUCUAGAAGACUGUACACUUUCUGAUUUCAAAUACGACGUCCCUGGCAGGCGAAGCUUCCGUGGCUGUGGACAGAUCAACUAUGCGUAUUUUGACACCCCAGCUGUUUCCGCCACAGAUCUCAGCUACGCGUCGGACCAAAACGGAAGCAUUCCACAUCCAAAUCCACCCGCCACUCAAGCCCACCGGAGGUUAAGAAGGUCUCAUUCGGGACCGGCUGGCUCGUUUCACAAGCCAGCCAUAAGGAUAUCCAGCUACACACACAGAGCGUCUCCCAACUCCGAUGAAGACAAACCUGAGGUUCCCCCCAGGGUUCCCAUACCUCCCAGGCCAGUGAAGCCUGAUUAUAGAAGGUGGUCGGCAGAGGUGACGUCCAGCACGUACAGUGAUGAGGACAGGCCUCCCAAGGUACCCCCCAGAGAGCCUUUAUCCCGGAGCAACUCCCGCACCCCGAGUCCUAAGAGCCUUCCGUCGUACCUCAAUGGGGUCAUGCCCCCGACCCAGAGCUUUGCCCCUGAUCCCAAGUAUGUCAGCAGCAAGGCCCUGCACAGACAGAACAGCGAGGGCUCUGCUAACAAGGUUCCCUGCAUCCUGCCCAUCAUUGAGAAUGGGAGGAAGGUGAGCUCCACACAUUACUACCUGCUACCUGAGAGACCGUCCUACCUGGACAAAUUUGAAAAAUUUUUUAGGGAAGCGGAAGAAACAAGCGCAAGCGCCCACCUCCAGCCACUCCCUGCUGACUGCGGGGUGGUUUCAGCCGUGGAAAAGCUGGACUCAAAAACACGAGUGGAUCUGGGCGGCCACGUGAAGCGCAAACACCUCUCCUACGUGGUGUCCCCAUAGACCGUCACCUGGGAGCCGUGGCUCUCACCUUGCCAGUUUUGAGGGUCCCGGCAGAAUCUGUACGGUUGAACUGUGUCUUAAUGGAAAGGUUCGGGGCAGCUGUGAGGCUGCGUCCCUGACUGUCGGCGCUGGAGAGGAGCAUGUUCGGGUCGGCGACUCGAGCGGGGAGGGCAGGGGCGGCUCCUCUGCGUGCACCACACACCCGUGUACACACCGUGGCCCAGCCCUAGCCGUAGUUGCAGGUCAGCCAGUUAGCUACUCUUAGAGUAAUGAGAACUCAAGCUGGAGAAAUGACUCCUGAGAGACUGAAAAUCGAGCAAAUCCAAGGAGAAACAGUAUUGUGCAGCUCAGAAUCGUAGAGAGAUUAUUUUUGUUAAGUUUGAAGAUAUGUGGCUCAAGCCAGUUCUGUUCUGUGUCAUUUAUCGUGCAAGCAGUCUUACUUGGCAACCAUGUGAUCACCCGUGCGUCUCACAUCUCAAAGUGAGAGAACUCGUCCACACUGCUCAGUCCCCGCGUUCUUCCCCCAGACAGGAGGGAAAGCCUGCUGGCCCGUGGGCUUUGGGAUGUGUUUACAGAGUAACGAAGCGAUUAGCUAUGCGAUUGAGAGUCACUGUGUGGGGGCGUGUGCUAUAUGUUUUGUUUUUAGGGGUUUUUUUAGAUGAUUAAUAAACAAAUACAACACAAGCUGGCCUUGUGUUGCUGGUUCCUAUUCAGUAUUUGCUGGGGAUUGUUUGCUUGUUAAGUAAAACACUUCUGACCAGUAGCGCAGUUUGUUUCAAUGCCAGAGGUCACCUCGGCCAUCUUUCUGCUCAGAGGCUCUCCACUGGCCGCCUCCCGCCUCCCUGGCUGAGCCCCAGAGCUGGAGUCCUGUCCUCGCCUCCUGCCAUGUGUGUGUCCUGUGUAGGCAAGCACAGAGACAAGGUGCUCCCUAACAGGUCCACGAUUACCACGUUCCCUUAACAGUUAAACAAGCUGUUUACAGUGUCAACUGCUGAAUGAUAUUUGAGCUAUUUAAAGCUUAUUAUAUUUUAGUAUGAACUAAAUGAAGGUUAAAACAUGCUUUAGAAAAAUGCACUGAUUUCUGCAUUAUGUGUACAGUAUUGGACAAAGGAUUUUAUUCAUUUUGUUGCAUUAUUUUGAAUAUUGUCUUUUCAUUUUAAUAAAGUUAUAAUACUUAUUUAUGA